CUUUACCGCCUUUAUAGAGUUUUGAUCAGCGUAUUGUUAAAUAUCUGUUGGAAGAAGGUAAAUAUAAUCAAAAUUGCCUCUCGCGUGACCCUUACUCUAUACAUGUUUGCAGUCAUCUUGUGUCUCCCAAAAUUUGCAAAGCGUCUCAUGCCGUCGCUGCUAAUUCAGUUCUGCCCUGCUUUUACUUAACUCUGCAGCAGUUGCUAACCUGGAUUCAUUUUUCCAACCGGAAUGUCUCGACUGGAUUCAGCCGACGAUGAUACGGGUCUUCAAACUCCAGUUCCGUUGCGCAGAGAGUCUGGAUAUAGCAGAACGUCGGUAACCCCAUCAUCAGCCGGCAGUUCAGUACCUUUUGGUUCUAUUACCGAUGAAGUUUUGCAAAUAUGGAGUCAACUGCCGGAAACUGUACGGCUAGAUCCAAGUUUAGCUGGUUUUCAAAGAGAAUACGAAAGGAUUACCCAAACACCAGGAAGAAGAUUAAAUACACUUACGCUAAUGCCUGAAAAUUCAAAAGCAAAUCAAUCUCCCGCUUCACAACACUGUACCAGUCCCAGGAUAUGGAUACAGGGUCCGGGCGAUGAAGAUGCAAUGAAUGUCAACGAUCAACCCCACGAAAUAAAGCAGAACUCGAUAUAUCGGUACAUCAAAUUGGUUUUACUGACUGUCUGUUGGAUUAUAUUUUGCGUCAUCCUGAUGUUAAAGAGCGAAAAGGAAGAAAUAAUGCAUCAAAUUUCCGUGCCAUGCAAUGAGACUCGACAUUAUAUGCUCCCGGAACACCCUACUAGUAAUCAGAUAGGUAUAACAAUGGAAGGCGCACUACUUCCAUCUGUAUAUGCUAAUUUAUCGAAUUAUCACUUAAUAGUAUGGUUGCAAGUAUUGGUCGAUGUUGAUCAACGACAUAAUAAUACUCAAAUUAAUGAAGAGUACAUUAAGAACGUAAGCGAACCGCUGGUGCUGUCAAUAGUGUCUGAACAUUUAAUAGGCAUCGUUCCGGAUCAGAGAGUACAUAAAAAGUUUAAAUUGGAAGGUAUUGAAAUCAGUAAUCUUCCCAGAAGUUUUAUCAGAAUAGCACUAACAACGAAUUUGAACUCAAGUUUACCAGUUACAAUUGCAUAUGAUUUGUCUCCGAUAAAUGUUGAAGAUGGAAUUGUGUAUGCAGCCAUUGUCCUUUUCGGUCUUUAUAUUUUAAUCGUUUUUGAGGUGGUUCAUAGAGCAGUUGCAGCUAUGUUGGCAUCAACAAUGUCUAUUGCAAUACUCGCAGCAAUGAAUGAGCGACCGACAAUGGGGGAAUUAAUUUCAUGGAUCGAUGUUGAUACUUUGCUUCUAUUAUUUUCAAUGAUGAUGCUCGUGGCUAUCAUUGCGGAAACAGGAAUAUUCGAUUAUUUAGCAGUUUAUGCAUACAAGAUAACGGGUGGAAAAGUUUGGCCACUUUUUAAUACUCUUUGCUUUUUUUCUGCACUAAUUUCCUCCUUUUUGGAUAAUGUCACGACUGUAAUGCUGAUGACACCGGUCACCAUUAGACUUUGUGAAGUUAUGGAACUCAAUCCUGUGCCUAUUCUCACAGCCAUGGUUGUUUAUUCGAAUAUUGGAGGUGCACUCACUCCAGUUGGAGACCCGCCAAAUGUCAUAAUUGCAUCUAAUCGUGAUGUCAUUGAGUCUGGGGUGGAUUUUAGCACUUUUAUCAUGCAUAUGAGCGUCGGUGUAAUAAUGGUAAUCAUUGUGGUUUCCGGCCAAUUUCGAUUUAUAUACAGAAACAUAUCGGUGUUGAGGUUUGACGAACCUCAAGAUGUACAGGAACUGAGGCACGAAAUAGCAAUUUGGCAAAGAGCAGCAGCAAGUCUUUCUAGUUAUAGCAAGGAUGAAGGUCUGGUACGAGAAACUUUAAGGAAUAAAGUUCAACGCCUGCUCUCGAAAUUAAAGAAGAAAUUAAUGACUGGAAGCGUGCCUUUAGAUAAUUAUAAAGCCAAUCUCGAGGAAUUGCAAGAAAAGUAUCCUAUCAGAGAUAAAUGGCUGCUGGCAAAGUCAGGCUUCACCUUGGUUUUUGUGAUAAUUUUAUUUUUCCUGCACAGUGUGCCUAACUUAAAUUUAUCUCUUGGCUGGACCGCACUCUUAGGAGUUCUUUUAUUGUUAGUAUUGGCUGAUAACGAGGAUUUCGAUGGUUUAAUGGCACGGGUCGAGUGGAGUACUUUGUUAUUCUUUGCUGCAUUAUUUAUUCUAAUGGAGGCUCUUUCACGGUUGGGUCUCAUUGAUUGGAUUGGCAAACAAACGGAAAUGGUCAUCUUAUCUGUUAACGAGGAAUCCAGACUAGCCGUCGCCAUACUGUUGCUUUUAUGGGUUUCUGCAUUCGCUAGUUCAUUAGUUGAUAAUAUACCAAUCACUACUAUGAUGGUGAGAAUUGCAACGAGUCUUGCCAAGAAUAGUGAACUUAGGUUACCGUUACAACCAUUAGUCUGGGCCUUGACAUUUGGUGCUUGUAUGGGAGGCAAUGGCACUUUAAUUGGAGCUAGCGCAAAUGUAGUAUGUGCUGGUGUCGCUGAACAACACGGAUAUCGUUUUACAUUCAUGCAAUUUUUUAAAGUGGGAUUCCCCAUAAUGAUCACUAGUACUACGACCGUGAUGAUAUAUCUGAUGAUCGCUCAUGUGGCUUUCAACUGGCACACGACUGCUUGAUACAAGCAAUCUGUUUGAACAUAUUACAUACGAAUAUAUAUGUAUGGCGUACAAAGAUACUUAUUUUGUUUUAAUCGUAUACUGUUCCUUGCAAAGGACAAUAUUAAUGUUUUGUGUAUUUUCAAUGUAUUAUUUUCUUUUAAUAAUCAAACCUAUCCCGUUGAAGUAUA